UAACACGACAAACCCCAAUGGAUUGCCAUAUGCGGUACAAGAAAUCGAAGAGAGGAUCGAAGCCCGCGUGGUGUACUCAGGGACCAACAAAUCCUUUGUUAACCCUUUCAUGGCGAUGCCGCCACCUGCCACACACCAAGGCAUAACGCCUCUCAACGAUUCUUGUCCUCCUCCGACAUGAACGAGCCGAUGUCUUCUACGAAAAAAUCCAAGCAACGCUCCGAGAACUCCAAAGAUGCGAUAACAGUUGCUAUUGAGUUCGCCAAGGUGACGGUUGCACUCGGUGACAUGGUGCCAGUUGUCGGUGGCUUCUUGAAGGGCCUUGGCGGCGUUGCCUUAGUUUUUCUGCCACACCUAGAGCGAUAUGGAACGAAUAAGGAGGACGCGGAGGAGCUGGCUAAAGAUAUUACUGAUGUCCUGGUUAUUGUUCGCGAUGCCGUUAUCGAAUUGUCCGCGGUGCCCGAGGGCAUCACAUAUGCUGAAGAUCUUCGAAAAUCUUGUUUGGAAUUCCAAGAGUUUCUAUCCAGUCUGACCACUGAAGUGCGCGAUAUUUAUCGAAGUCAAAGAGGGACAUGGAAAAGUAUCAAGCGGUUCCCAACUUCACAGAGCGUUAGAGAUGCAAUAAAUGGUCACCGACAAACUAUGGAAGCCGCGAAGUCAAACCUUCUCCUUUCACUAUCCCUGAACUCUAAUGCGUCCGUUUCCCACAUGAAGCAUGGGAUCGCUUCUCUUCAAUCUAUGCAAACGGACCUGGUUAACGUGGCGGGUGGUAUCCAGCGCGACAUUUCCCAUAUUACAGCUAAUACAAGAAAGACUGUCGUCAACAACAAGUUCCACAAUCUCCUUCACAGCGACAUUCAAAUCCGGGAAAUGUGGUCGCACAGAGAGGUUAUUGACAAUAGCAGCAGAAGGAUUGGUGAAGUCAUCAAAUUUACGGCGGAUGUCUCCACGUUGGGCCGUAUCAUGGUUGUGAAGGAAUACUCUGGGUCUCUGGGUCUCGUGGCGUGGAAGCAGCAAUUAGAUAUUCACACCCAAGUCGGAAGACAUCCAAACUUGCGCCAGCUGUACGGGGUUGUUGAACCUGGUCAGACGCCCUCCUUGAUAUUCUACGGAAACUCUGGGGAAAUGCCAUUGUCAGAGUUUCCUAAGCUCUUUGAGAAACGUCUCGAGUUUCUCGCACAUUUUGUAUUGACCCAUGCAUUCCACAGUGCCUUCAGAUUUUCACUCACAUGUCUUCAAUUGACCUUUGGCUUCAACGACGUUCGCUGUACCCCCGAUGGACGUCUCUUGUUCGACGACUUGCAAGUCUCGCCGGACUGGGACAAGAUUUAUAUAAAAAACCUCGCUGACCUGUUCCGACCGGCUGCGGAAGAGAUACGGGAUUCUCUCGAUCUUUUUAUGCGACGACGGAAUGAGCCUGUGAUGGUGAAGGAGCAUCUCUUGUCCUACUACGACAUCCUUUCAGUGGGAACGUCGCUUCAUGCAAACGUCGGUUCGCCCCUUGAACAUGAAAUGAUAUUUGGGAAGAUCGUUGUAAGCGAUACUCUAUCGGACCGUCAUUUCUUCAUCGACUCCCUUGAAGAUGAACACCCGCCCGUCCGGAUCUCGGUGAUCUCACAGCCUGGAGCUGGGAAAUUUCUCCAGCUCCCGAGCGGCGUCUGGCGAUACACUCUUCCGGAAGGCGUCGAUGCCGUCGACUUCCUUUGCUCCAUGAGCCUGACAACAGCAGCAAAACGGGAAUGUUUCUUCCACUGGUUCUCACAGGGUCCGCGAAUUUUGGCCAAGAUGUUCAUGAGUUCCGGCGUCUCGCACCCUCAUCUAAUCGUCACGCAAGUCACUCAGCGAUAUUUUCAAAUUCUCGUAGAGACAGAGUCCUCGAAUAUUGACUGGCCACCCUCCAGCGUCCCAUACCUGUUUAUUGGCGUUCCUCCCCUCACUGAGAAUCAUGGAUUCGGUGCACCAGACGUCUACCUUUCCAGUGAUCCAUAUGGUGCUAGACUCACUAUAGACGCACCGAAUAAUCAUUCUGGAUAUUCUGUAGCACUGACAGAAGUUGGCCACGACAUACUAUUUCAUCGCCCUCUCGGUCUUGAAUGCAGCACUCUCUUCCACAAGAUAUGCGGCUUUCACCCCCUGAGUAUUGAAGUUGCGAGAUAUUUGAACCAAUCGGAGCUAUCCGCGCGUCUCAUCGAAGAUGAAGCGAUAAGUACGGAGAUAUCUAGGGGUAUCAGCGGGUGUUCUACGAUAACUCAAACCGCCAGUACUGUGCCAUGGGAACAGCUCAAAGCGUACUCUGACAUGCUAGAGGUCCUCGAAUCAGAUAUCUCAAAGCUGGAAGAUCGUAAUCAUGAUCCGCUCAGAGAAGCUCAAAUCUACGAAGUAGAACCCGACGGAAUAAGCAGCUCCGAAUCCUCUAGUAUCACGGAAUUCGGUUCACCUAUGUCACGAAUUUCUCUGUGUAUCUAUGUCAUUGGCGGCGUUAUCACGGUGCUCGUUGACUCGACGCUUGUUCGAGUGACUCUCCUUAUCGCAUUAUUUCUUCAUUCUUGGGUGUCCCAAGGCCCUCGUUCAUGAUUUGUAAGUAGUGCAUAUCUGGAUGCAGACUUUGUACGUUAACAGGAUAAAUCUUACCACCGCAAAACGACGAGCAUGUCGGCCCGAGAAUGCCGUCGUCCCCGAUAAAGGAUGAUUGCAGGUGGGUUUACUGUGCGGAUAUUGCAGCAUAGUACAACCUCACAGAGAUGCUCAAUUCUGGAUUUCCCGCAUAC